AAAUAGUUGUCACUUCUUAAUAUUAUUCAUUACAUCUGAAUUUCAAAGAAGAAAGAUUCGACUGUUCCUUUGUUAAAAUUACAUAGGUUAUGGUUAAGAUAAGCAAUUAUAUUUUGACGGCAGUUCUUGUGUGUCAAACGUUAUUGAUAAUUGCUCUGGUAUAUCAUAAUUUUCAUAUUUCUCUCAAUAAUAUACACCCUACUAAGAAGAAAUUAAAUCGAUCGGUUCUUACUCAACCAGUCUUGACCUUAUCGUCAGCUAAACGCACUGACAGAGGGACGUUACAAAGUGUAAACAAACAAGUGCAACUAAAUAAAAUCUUCUACAAUCGAGUUCCUAAAUGUGGGAGUCGGACUAUAAUUGAAUUAAUAAAGACAUCUGCUGAAACGAAUAAAUUUCAAGUACACGAACUGAAGGAGUAUAGUCCUUAUUUCCAUGAAGAUGAAUAUAAUUAUAAAACAGUUGAAACUUUUGAGGAGAGCAUUGGCCCUUUUCUCCUUGAAGGACAUUAUCAUUUUCUAGAAUUUUCAAAGUAUAAUGGAACCCAGCCUACCUAUAUUAAUGUUAUACGAGAUCCUAUAGAGAGAAUGCGUUCUUUCUAUUAUUUUCGAAGAUUUCAACCUGAUCAUAUAAGAGAUAUGGAUAAUGCAACUCGCUAUCGAUCCUUUGAUGAAUGUGUUAGUAAGAAUAUCCCGGAAUGUGUUGAACCGUUAGGAAAUAGUGCUGAAGAAGGAUAUUACAAGAUUAUACCUUUCUUUUGCGGUCAUGAGCCCUUUUGCAGAAAACCGACAAGAAAAGCUCUAGAUAAAGCAAUCUACAAUGUUGAAAAUUAUUUCGCUGUUGUUGGAUUAACAGAAUAUCUAAAAGAAACAACCGAAGUACUUGAUUAUUUCCUUCCAUUAUUCUUUAGCGGAAUUUACGAAACCUAUUUAAAAAAGCAAAAGAAUGUCGAAGUAAAAUAUAAAACAAUAAAGAAAUCAGCUUUAUUAGAUAAAACUGCUACUUUUAUGAGAGAUUUAUUAGCAAUAGAAUACGAAUUCUACCAGUUUAUUCGUCAAAAGUUUAUGAAUCAAUUAACAAUUGUUAGAAAAUCUUAUGGAAAAAAACUAUCUAUUUAAAAUUUCAAAAAUAUUCUAUUUAAAUGAAUAAAUAACAAUAAAUAUUCAUAUAAAUUAGAUUGUAUAGAUAGUUUGCCACCACUAGUUUUCUUUGGUGAUAAUGGAUGUUAUAAAUAUA